AUGUCUUCCGCCCAUUUUAUCGUCGAGUACGGUCCCUCCGAGGACAACACCAAGCAGGGUCGCAUCAGCUUCAAGCUUUACAACGAUGUUGUCCCUGAGACCGCCGACAACUUCGCUCAGCUCUGCAACAAGCCCGCGGGCCAGGGCUACAAGGGCUCCAAGUUCCACCGUGUCAUCCCCCAGUUCAUGCUCCAGGGUGGUGACUUCACCAACCACAACGGUACCGGCGGCCGCUCUAUCUACGGCGAAAAGUUCAAGGAUGAGAACUUCAAGAUCAAGCACACCAAGCCCGGUCUGCUUUCCAUGGCCAACGCUGGUCCCAACACCAACGGCUCCCAGUUCUUCAUCACUACUGUUGUCACCAGCUGGCUCGACGGCAAGCACGUCGUCUUCGGCGAGGUUACCGAGGGCUAUGAGCACGUUCAGGCCAUCGAGGCUCUUGGCACCGGCUCCGGCACUGUCCGCGGCGUUGCCCGCAUCGUCGACUCCGGCUCUCCUUAA